AUGCCCACCUUAGCGGAAGAGCGAGUGAAGCAACUGGCCAAGCUCAAGACGAAUACAAUAUGUCCGAACUGUGGCAAUCAAAAGAAGUUUGGGUUUGGCACCGUGUGCAUUAAAUUUUUGACGUUUGUGUGCAAUGAAUGCAAGUCGAGUCAUCAAGCGAUUAGUCAUCGAUGCAAGUCGUUGACCAUGUCGAGUUGGAGCAACGACGAAGUCGAGGCUUUAGCCAGAGGAGGAAAUCUCAUGGCUCGUCGGACAUGGCUCAAGAAUGCUCCUCCCGAGGGAUCCGGUGGUCGACCCAAACCUGGCAUGGACAUUAACGUGUACAAGCGGUUCAUUGUAGAAGCCUACGAGCACAAACGGUACUAUGGAGAAUUGGAUCCCAACGAUGGAAUGGCACCUUCUGGAUCAGCAGCUCCAGCUCCUGCUGUUGCCAAACCCAGGCAGACCCACGUCAGCAAGGCACCCAUUGUCACUCCUCGGAGACCAGCAUCCACAGCACAGGCAAGAGCACAACAACAACAACCAAAACCACCACCACCAAUCCGUCAACCUGUCGUCGCGGCACCACCUGUUGUGGCCGAUUUGUUGGAUUUUGGAGCUCCUGCUGCAGGCGCUCCCGUCGCGGCUCCUCCUGCUGGCAAUGUGGACAUGUUUAGUGCCGAUUUUGGAGCGGCCUUUUCACAGCCAGCAGCAGCAAGUCCGGCUCCAGCGGCUGGAUUUGACGCCUUUGCCCCAACAACAACCACCACCAGCCAACCAGCUGUUCCAAGCAGUAGCAGUGAUUUGGCCGAUCCAUUUGCCUUUGGCGCGUUUGGUGCUAGUGACAAUGCCAACAACAAUGCCGCCGCCGCAAAGCCACCAGCACCUGCUCCCGCUUCCUCCGAUCCAUUUAAUUUUGGUGCUUUUGGGUCCUCUCUACCCAACAAUUCACCCAACCUCAACACCAUGUCGUCAGCGCAACCAUCUGCAGCAGGCAAGAAACCAAUCAUGGGAGGUCCCAGUGCGGGUAUGAAUGCCUCGGCCAUUUCCAUGAUGGGCGGAGGACCUCAAAACACCGGAAUGAGGAUGCCACCUUCCAUGGUGGGUGGCGGCAUGGCCAGCGUCAAAAGCAACAACAAUAGUAGUACCAAUCCAAUGAUGAUGAUGGGCAAUACCACCGGCAUGGGCGGCAUGAAUAUGAACAUGAAUAUGAAUAUGAUGAACCCACAAAUGAUGGCCAUGAUGCAAAAUCAAAUGAUGAUGGGAGGUGGAAUGCCUAUGGGCGCCAUGAACAACAAUAAUAUGAUGAUGAUGGGCAAUCCCAAUAAUAAUAUGAUGAUGAACCCUGGUGGUGGAAUGGGAAUGAACGCCAUGAACAUGACCCCAGCGAUGAUGCAAGACCAACAGCGAAAGUUUCAACAAAUGAUGAACCAAAACAACAACAGCAAUGCUAAAUUCUAGGAAGGUUUUAGAACUACUAGCUAGUGGCGUACUUAAAAGGCAACGUUUUGAUUC